GCGCCACAUCCCAGUCUGAGCCACAGAGUUUCCUCUUCACAGUGUCAGGGGCUGAGAGACAUCAUUACGCCUUUCCUCUCUCCCUCUCUUUCUCUCUCUCUCUUUCCUCCUAACACAUGUAAAAGAGAUAAACAAACCCAGUCAAGAAAAAGAGUGAGAGAGAGAAAAAAAAACGACAUAAACAAAAGACACAGAAGACUAGCCACUCCCCCCCCCCCACCCUCACACAUACACAAAAACAAACACACUAAACAAACCCUCCCCCUCAAACAGAAAAGACGACACAAGGCCAUAAUUAAAAAAAGAAAAGAAGGAUGGCACCGCACCGGAAGAGGAAGAAGCGACCCGCCUUCAGCGAAGAGGAACUCCGCGUCCUCCUGCAAGAGGUGUCGAAGAGGAAGAAGGUCCUUGUGGGGAAAUUCGACGUGAUUUCAGUCACCUUCCAGAGCAAGGUCGAGGCCUGGGAUUCUGUGACAGAGGCCAUUAAUGGGGUGAGCCGUGUCACGAGGGAGAGGGAGGAGGUGAGGAGGAAAUUCGCGCAUCUCAAGUGGUUCGUGAAGAAGAAGGCCAAGGCGUGGGGGAGGAGAGGGGGUAAGACAAGCAACGCAGAUACCUUAAGCGACCCGGAGGAGGCAAUGUUGUCGGUGAUAAGUGAGACGGUGAGCAACAGUCUCUCCAGUGUUUGUGAAUCUGAAACUCCUUUGUCUGUGUGUGAAGCAGACAGUAGUGAAGCAGUUAGCCCGACUCCCUUGAGAUCAGACACAGAAGACCACAGUGUAGGGAAAAACGACGUCAUCAGUGCCAGUGCAGGUCAUUCAUUAAGAGGACUUCGGAACUUUAGGAUGACUAGGAGAGAGGCAGAUACUGUUCAAAAGCUUUAUGACGACACUGAUGGGACCCCAAUAAAAAUAGAAAAUGAAGAGACAAAUCCGGCUCAGACUGAUAUUAGUGACGAUGUUAUGAGCAGAAACACGAUGGAAGGCCUACGACAUUUCCGGAUAGAUAAGGAGGAAAUUAGCAAAGAUCAGACCAUGUCGCUGCGGUAUUUUAGGAAGGAAAUGAAAUCCAGUGGAAAUGCAAAAUUAACCAAGAAGGACCACCACUCAAAUUCAAAAAAAAAACUCGAAUUCUGGAGUCAUGAAGGUGUGCUCCAACUAGUAGAAGCAUACAGGAGCCAUAUGCACAUGUUCAGUAUGACCUCUCUGAAUAGUAGCCAGAUAUGGUGUAAAAUUGCUGAGGCAUUACAGGACAGUGGCUACACAUACACAGGAGGAUUAUGUAAAAAGAAGAUGCAGAAUUUAAGUACUAGGUACAAAUCCAUCACAGAAAACCAAGAGAAUAGCAGAGGAAGGAUCAGAGGGAGUGAUUGGGAAUAUUUUGACACCAUGCAGGAUCUCUUUGCCGGCAACGCAAGUGGAGAUACCUCGUUCGAGACCUCCUUAGGCCUUUCGUUACCUACUGACCCUGAUGAUGAUCCAUUACAAGUGGAUGAAGUCAAGACAGAGCAAGACUGUCCUUCACCAGAAUACAUUGAUGUCUCUUUACCGUGGAGUGGAGUUAAGACGGAAUUCUGUCAUUCAUCAUCAGAGCCUGAUAGCAACUCUUUAUCAUGGGAUGAUGUUAAAAUUGAGGAGAGCUCUCUUUUCCCAGAGCCUGUUGAGGAUUUACUGCCCAUGGGUUGUGUCAAAGUUGAACUUUGCUCAUCGUCUCAUAUAGUACAUUAACCCAUUGCCGCUGGGGUAAAAGAAUAAAAAAAUGAGGAAAAUGCUGUACUCAUUUUUUAUAUUUUUGUGAAAUAUAUCUGUACAUAGAUGGCUCUGCUAGCCCUGAUUUCACCUAUCCUUGAAUUGGCGGGAAAAAACUAUAAAUAUAGAUGGUGUUAUUUUUAACAGCAAAUUAAGAUUACGUUAAAUAUUUUCGUAAAUUGAUGAAAAGGGUGAACGGGCGAGACAGGCAGUACUCAUAAUUAGCUCACUGGUGACUUAGUACAAGUGUAGCCAUCUAUGUGUAAAAACAAUGGAACAAGUCGACUCACAGUGAGCAUGGCAUAUACGUACGUGCCAUCCCCGGCGGCAAUAGGUUAAUCAAAUUGAACUGGUUAAUAGGAUACCAGGAGAGUGGACCAUAUAUUUAUUAAGUAUAUUUAUUUAUUUUUCAAAAAUAUACUUUACAGAUUAUUUAGAAAUUGUGUAAUUAACCUUUGUGACAAGACUUAUUUAAUAUAAUCCAUUCCCCACAAGGAUUACAUUUAUUAAAUGAUAUAGUACAUGUUGUGGGAGUAAUGAUUCAAGGUAUAUUUUGUCUUACAAGCAUAGCCAAUGUAUGUAUAAUUGAUACUGAGAGGCUGCCGCUAUUCCUCACUGGUACUAUCCAUUAGUCCAGGUCCAGACCUCUCAUUUCCUUUUCAUGUGUGAGGAAUUAGGAAAAUAAGAAUGAAAAUGUAUUUACUCUU